UUGAAGACGAAAAUACCACAAAAUAAAUAAUACGCGGAAAAUGUGUUUUUAAACUUUAAAUAAAAAAAACGAAAGUGUCGAUACAGAAUAAAUUAAAACAUGCAUAUUUUGCAAUUUCUAGCAAUACUUUACCUAAUACUCAGUCAAAUAAAUUGCACUGUACUACAGCCAAGAAAUCAAACAAAAUUAAAAUUAGCUAAAAGUUCGAAUAGUGAAAACACCGAAAGAGAUGAAAUACAUUUUAAUAAUAUAUCGCAUGAAAACAGUGAUGAGAUAGAGCAAUAUUUAUUUAAUUAUUGUAAAGAUGAGGAAUAUUUACAUAAAUUUAUAAGUCAUGAUAACAAGACCCAAAUGAUAUGGGUAACAUGGAAUCGUACGAAGGCUGGUGAACGGGCCAUCUUACCAAAUAUCUGUUCAGUUAAAAAUGGUUUACCAUUACGACGCCGUUGUUAUUCUGACAUGAUCGGUACCAAAUGGGAAAAUUAUGAUAAUAAGACGGUGUUAAUUGAUUGUCGCAUCAGUAUGUUUUGUCAAGCCGAAGCAUUUCAACAUUAUAUCAUAGAAAAUAAUGGUGAACUGGCGUUACAUCAAAAUUCUUGGAAACGAGCUAAAAUAGGAGAAUAUUCUAGUCUUCGUGAUUUAUGUCUACAGCCAAAUGGCCUUCAUUUAACACGAAAAUGUUUUUAUGAUUAUAAACAGCAAAGAGCAAAAUGGUCUUCUAUAGAACAUUUAAAAGAUUUUAAAUGUUUGCAACAUACACGACAAGAGCUCAUAAGUAAAGAACUAAAUAGUUUGCAUGGUAAUAUGACUGCAUCAAAUUUUUUAGUACGCGAUAUGAGUACACGUCGUCAAACCGCCACAACCUUACUAAGUCUGUUGGAAAAACCUAAAGUCAAACUGCUGCCUGCAGACGUACAAUUGACCACUGAAAUAUUAAAAAAUAUUGUAACUGAUAGUCAAGAUAUCGAAAUAUCUAGAGAUGUUUUAAAAAUAACUCAUAAUCUAAUGGCUACUGAUCCUGUAGUUUUAAGAAUGUCGGCAGAGGUAAAUGCUACAAAUAGUCUUCUGGAAACAUUUGAGAAUUAUAUGGAUGCGUUAACCGAAAAACUUGUAUCAGAUAGUCAUUGUCAAGUAAAAUUACCAGUCGAUAGCCUGCCGGUUACUAACAACAAUGACACAUCAGUUGAAAUUUUGAAUUUAUCAAAUAUGGGUGUUUAUGGUCAUAUUACACGUAAUAUUAGUGUAUUUUUUGUGAAUCCCAACUGUUCAAAUAUAUCGGGUAUUGUCGUAUAUGAUUCUUACCAACUAAAUAAUCAGUCCAAACAACAACAAUUGCAAAAUCAAAUAUAUUAUGAUUCACUUAAUGAUUUUCAUUAUCGAUUUAUUUUUAUGAAUGAAUCAAUUAAUGAAAUACUGCAAGAAACCAAUAUAGAAUUGGCUUCAUUUAUUCCCACGGAUAUGUGGUAUAGUUUGCACCAUAAGUCUUAUCCAUCAUUACAAUAUACACCUGUUGUGGUUUUUAAAAUUUACGCUCAUGAUGGUUUGUUUGUGGAACAGAAUUUAUUACGCUCACGAAAACCUUUUAGUAAAAUUUUAUCCAUAUCUUUACCCGGUUUUACAGGUGAGUUUCGACCUAAGCAUUAUAUUAUAAAAUCAGCUAUAAUAGCUUGGGGUUUGCCCUUAGUACCUACUCUAUUGGUGGCUUUAUUGGAUUCGAAAUCAUAUAUACCUAGCAAUUAUCAGCUGGCCACCGAUACUGGUAUUUGCUAUCCUUCAGGCAAUGGUCUACAUUUUGGCGUAAUAUUACCAGUCUCUCUGAUUGUAUUGGCCAAUUUAGCCAUAUUCCUUUAUGUGUUCUACAGCAUUUCUCGUACACUCAGCAUGUCAAUGCAACGUAAUGAAAAACAAAUGGUCAUCAAACAGAUACGUCUCUCUAUUUUAUUAUUCUUCCUACUAGGACUCUCCUGGAUAUUUGGUAUAUUUGCCUUUAUGAAAGCCGGAAUAGUAUUUUCGUAUCUAUUUUGUUUAACAGCCACCCUGCAGGGAUUUGUCUUGUUCAUAUAUUUUGUGAUUAUAGAUGAGAAUUCACGUUCCUCGUGGCAGAAACUGCUGUGUCCCACAUGUUUAUUAAUGUUGCCGUUUAUAGUUAUCACAAUUCUUGCUUGUAUUGCCGCUGGCGAAGUGUGCAAAAAAGAAAUAGAGAAUAUAAUUUUAGUAAAUGGCUCAGAUGAGCUAACAUCAAUUAUUAUAUGGUUUCCAGCAAACAUAAGUACUUACAAUACAUACAAUAUAUGUUCAGAAUCUACUGGAAAACGCCUAGAGCGUACAUGCUCCAAAGAAGAUGGAUCCGUUAAAUGGGUUGAUAAUAAUAAAAGUAUAAAAUAUGUUAAUUGUACACAAACAAACAAAUGUGCUGAUGAAACAUUGGAACUAUUCUAUCGAAAUGAAAAAAAUGAGCUGGAGAAAUAUCUCAAUAAAUGGCUUUCGGCAGAAGCAGAGGAAAUUGGCUUUCUAGAAAAACCUUGUUAUUUAAAAACAGGAUUAUUAACACGAAAGUGUAAAUAUAAUUCAAACACUCACAAAACUUUAUGGGAAAAGUCAGAUAAAGAAAAAGAAAAUUUAGUUUGCUGGGAAAAAGAAUAUUCUGAACAGAAACAAAAUAAAAUGUUAAACAAAGAAAAUUUAUUUACUUUAAGUCAAGAUGUUGCUGAUGUUAAAUUAUAUAAAACAAACCCAAAAGAUGCUAUUGCCAAAUCAAUUAAAUUUCUAAAAUCUGACGAUGAAAAACGAACACCGACUCACAUAGACGCUAUACGUAAUAUUUUGAAGGCAAUUUUAGAUCAAACUGAAACGCCGGAACUAGUACCAGAUAUUUUAAAUUUAACCAAUACUUUAAUGCAAACUGAUGCUGACGUCAUCAGAGAUUCCAAGUGUGCAAACGAAAUUUUUUCUACAAUGGAUUCGUAUUUGAAUAAUAUGGCAAAACAAUUAGUACCGACAGAUAAAUGUGAAUCUAUUAAUGAUGGCAUUUACAUGGCAACUGUUUCAAUGGCCAGCUUAUUUUUUAUAAAUCCAUUAUGCUCCAAUAUUUCUGGUAUGGCUAUUUUUAAUUCCGAUAAUUCAUCAGCUUUAAAACGUCUAUACGAUCAGCAUUCAAAUAACUAUUAUCAGUUUAUAUACUUAAAUCAAUCACUCGAUAAACUCUUAGCAGAACCGGGUCUCGAAGUAGCUACUUAUCUUCCAAUUGACUUAUGGAAUAGUAUUAUUUCAAAAACUGGUACUAAAAAUGAUACGAUUUUAAAAAUUAUGUUACUAAAAAAUGAUGUACUUUUUGUAAAUCUAACUAUAAUGAAGCAGAAACCUAUUGACAGUGUGUUGGAAAUAACUUUAAUUGAUUACAAGGAAAAAUUACCCAGCGCCUUACCAUUUAUUUUCAACAAUACAAGGAAUAAGAAAAAUGCAAAACCUAAGUGCGGCUUUUGGAACAAGACCACAUGGAUAACGACAGGAACUAAUACAUCCUAUGUUAUUAAUAGCUAUAAUGAAGAGCUUCUACUUUGCAAUACUUCGCAUUUGACACCGUUUUCUGUUUUACUAAACUUAGAGAUUAUGGAUACAUUUAAUGACAGUGCGUUGGAUAUGAUUUCUGUUCUCGGUUGUAGUUUAUCGCUGUUUGGCCUCAUCUGUAUAUGGUUGACAGCGGUCUGUUUUCCGAAGUGGCGGGAACACUCGACGAAUAAAGUAUUAUUGAACAUAUGCUUUGUUCUUACUCUCAUUAUGAUAUUCUUUGUGCUGCUGAAUAUUCCAGAUAUUAAAUCUGUAAUAUUUGAUAUUAAUAAUUACACGCAUUGUCUGAUAACGGGAGCAUUUUUGCAAUAUAUUGUUUUGGUGCUAUUCAUGUGGAUGCUCUUUAUAGCGGUCUUACAGUAUCAGCGCUUUGUUAAAGUUUAUAAUACUGAUAUGGGUGGUAAUUUUAUAAGAAAAUUUUUCAUUGUAUCCUGGGGUCUACCUCUAAUACCAACUUUUUUAUUAGUCCGCUAUAAACCUGAUGCAUAUAUGCCCAAUGCCCAAAGUAAAGCGGAAAAUACAGCUAUUUGUUAUCCUUCAGGAUAUGGUUUUUAUUUGGGUGUUAUGCUGCCAAUCACCUUGAUAAUUAUCGCAAAUGUGAGCAUAUUUGCUAAUAUAAUACUAAAGCUUCUUUUAUCGAAUAUUGAGUUUAAAAAUCAACGUACUCGUAAGCAGAAAUUAAGACAAGUAUAUCUAUCGAUAUUGCUAUUUUUUCUGUUGGGUAUAUCAUGGAUUUUUGGAAUGUUAGCACAUUUGGAGAGUAGUCCAGUUUUCUCUUACAUUUUUUGUUUAACAUCGACAUUGCAAGGCUUUGUUAUGUUUAUUUAUUUUAUUGUCAUAAAUAAAACCACUCGUUCUAUAUGGCGGAAUUUAAUAUGCGGUAUACAAAAUUCACAACAGGAAAGAGUACUAUGAAUAUAUUUAAAUAAAAACUAAUGUGUUAUUUCUAGAUACCGAGCGAGUAGUUUGAGCAACAA